CAAAACAGGAAGUGAGACAUGGCGACAGUGUUCGGCGGAGUAGAAGGUGGGGGGACCCACUCCAAAGCGGUGCUGGUGUCAGGAGAUGGGAAGAUCCUGGCAGAGACAGAGGGACCAUCUACCAACCACUGGUUGGUUGGUGUGGACAAAUGUAUCGAAAGGAUCAACGACAUGGUCCAGAGAGCCAAGGUGGAAGCAGGACUGGAUCCAAACACGCCCUUGUACUCACUGGGCAUGUCUCUGAGUGGAGGGGAGCAGAAGGACGCCAUCGACAAACUGAUCGCUCAAAUGAAGGAACUCUACCCCAAUCUCAGCCAGCACUACUUCAUCACCACAGAUGCCAUCGGCGCCAUGGCAACAGCCAGUGAUUGUGGAGGUGUAGUCUUGAUAUCAGGGACCGGCUCUAACUGCAAGUUAGUCAAUCCUGAUGGGUCACAAAUUGGCUGCGGAGGCUGGGGUCACAUGAUGGGUGAUGAAGGAUCGGCAUUCUGGAUCUCACAUAUGGCUGUAAAGACGGUGUUUGAUGCCAAAGACAACCUUGUUGCUCCUCUGCAUGACAUUACACAUGUGAAAAAAGCCAUGGAGGAGUACUUCCAGGUGUCAGAUCUGAUGGGCAUGCUGCCACACCUCUACAGAAACUUCCAGAAGUCUCACUUUGCCGGUCUCUGUAAGAAGCUGGCUGAAGGUGCCGAGGCUGGGGAUGCUCUCUGCCAGCAUGUGUUCACUCAGGCUGGGAGAGUCCUGGCAAAACAUGUAGAAGCAGUUUUACCUGUAGCACAGGAGCCUCUACUAAGUGGUGACCUCGGCCUGCUCAUCCUGUGUGAGGGCUCAGUGUGGAAGAGCUGGGAGCUUCUGAAGCCAGGUUUUACUCAGGCCUUGGAUAAAGUGGCAUCCUCUGACAAGUUCAAGGGCCGUUUCCAUGGCUACAGCCUCCUGGUUUUGCAGCAUUCUUCGGCCCUUGGAGGCGCCAGUCUCGGGGCUCGGAGUAUGGGCGCCAACAUCAAAAUGGAUUACUCAGCCAAUGCCAAAGUUUUUUAUCGGCACACCUUCAACAGCAACAAAUGAGAGUUCAGCUGAGAAAAAUGUGUAAUUACCAAUAAUGCUUUCUGUAAUGAUGAUAAUGAUAAUGGUUUUUUAAUAAGGUUACAGUGCCUGAUCUCACUACAAGAUUCCAAGACGGUGGUUGAAAUGAAGACUUAUCAGCUGUACGUCAACCUCUCUGACCAUGGAACUGAUUUUACUUUCAUUGUACUGUCAAAAUGAACCUCUGCACUUUCACAACACUUGUUUACAUUUCACUUUUCUUAUAAAAAUGCAGUUGACUUUUCAGAAAUCUUAAUUAAGGUUACCAAUACAUUUCUGAAGUGACAUGUUAAACUUAAGGUGGAUUCAAUCUUUAGAUUAUUUCCUGCACUUUUGUUUUAAACCAGUAGGUGGCGCAAUAACAUUCCCUUCUUGUGACUGACACAUGUUGGCAUCCUCUCUGCAUAAUGAUGCAAACAGGGGCAGCACCUGUCUGAUAGAUCGUGAAAUGACUGAGAUAUUACUUUUUUUCUUCCCAACAUGGAAUCAAUUUUGUACAACACAAUUUGUAAUUUUGAGAAUAAUGUUAAUUGUAAUCAGUCAUAUUUUCUAAUAAACGUGAUGUAUUAUGUUG